AAGGCGUGGCUUCACACUUUCUCAAAAAAGUUAAAAACAUAUAUAUGUUCAUUUUUUUUUUAAACUAAAGCUGUUAUGAAGUCUAAAAUGGAAAUGUUUGUGCAUUAGCUGCUGACUCGCCCUGCAUGUCCUCGCGCGCGUUAGUGCUGCUGCUGAUGCGUUCCUCUUACAUCACAGCCUCCCCUGGCUAACACUCCACUACAUCACACACAGGCGAUUAUUUCUUCCUGGUUUGUUAGAGUAUUAAAGUUUAGGGAAGUGGACACAGCAGCAGUCCGUUUAGAGAAGUGUUUAUCGCGUGGAUCAUCUAACAGUGUUUCAGCUAUACUUUUUUUUUUUUUGUAAUUAACCACAAAGCCACACAUGUCCUGUGCUGUGUAUUGCUCAUGUAAUACUUUUCUCUUCAACCAGACCUGAUCUGUUCUGCUCCUUCCUCUUUAAAACAGCAACUCGUCAACCUCACGAGCUAAAGCCUGACGACCUGCAUGUACUUCACACACAUUACUAACUGAUCUGAACGACUCGCUUCAUCGUUUUUUGACUAAAAGAACAUUUGGUUGAAGGUUGUCAGAGAUGGAAGGCUCCGAAAGCGCAAUAAACCGAUUUGGUCGUGCUAUAUGGACUGUCUGGGGUUACCUCACAGGCAGUGUAGGAAGAUAUCUCAGACCAGAUGUCACAAAUGAAGAGGCCCAUAAUGUGCAUUUUAAACAAGAAGACACUGUACCAAUCGGUAAGGGUCAUAAGGAGUUAAAAGUAAAGGAAGAAGAAAAAGAAAGAAUUGAAACAAAGACAAGUGAGAGAAGGACAAGAGAAGAUCUGCAGUAUCCCGGGGUUAGAGUGCGGGCUGCUGCUGUUCAGUGGGAAAAGGGGAACAUUGCUCAUGAUGGUCAUGAAGGAAAAGACAAGAGCAAACCCACUUGCGCUAGCUCAGAGGGCACAGACAAGAAAUCGCAGAUGAAGAAGGAUAAUGAAAAUACAUUGGAUAAUAAAAGUGGGUCAAGAAAAACUCACAGUAACCAAUUUACUGAGCUAAAAGAUUCACCUGCUUACAUUGAUGCAGACAUAAAGUACCAAGACAGAACUGGAAGCGAGGAAGCUGAUCUAAAUGUUGAGAGGAGUGAAACCCAUCAGGAACAGACAAAUAAACUGGAAGAGGAAGAGAAAAUCAUGAGGAGAGAGUUUGAUGAAACUGAAGAAGAACCAGUUAAAAGUGAAUUUAUUGACCAGGGCUUAUUGGCCAAGGAAGCUGAUCUAAAUGUUGAGAGGAGUGAAACCCAUCAGGAACAGACAAUUACACCAGAAGAGGAAGAGAAAAUCAUGAGGAGAGAGUUUGAUGAAACUGAAGAAGAACCAAUUAAAAGUGAAUUUAUUGACCAGGGCUUAUUGGCCAAGGAAGCUGAUCUAAAUGUAAAGAUGAGUGACAACAGUCAAGAGCAGAGAAGGAAAUCCGAAGAGGAAGAGGAAAGUGUCAGUGCAGUUAUGAGGAGAGAGAAUGAUGAAACUGAAGAACCAAUUAAAAGGGAGUCUAUUGACCAAGGCUUACUGGCCAAGGAAGCUGAUCUAAAUGUUGAGAUGGAUGAAAACAAUCAGGAGCAGAGAACGAAGCAGGAAGAGGACGAGGGAUAUGUUGAUGAAAUUAUGAAAAGAGAGAAUGAUGAAACCAAAGAAGAACCAAUUAAAAGUGAGUUUAUUGACCAGGGCUUAUUAACAAAGGAAGCUGAUCUAAAUGUGGAGAGGAGUGAAAGCAGCCAGGAGCAGAGAAAGAAACUAGAAGAGGAAGGCCUUGUUGAAAUGAUGAGGAGAGACAAUGAUGAACCUGGAGAAGAACCAAUUAAAAGCAAGUUCAUUGAGCAGGGCUUUCUGGCUGAGGAAGCUGAUCUAAAUGUUGAGAGGGAUGAAAACAAUCAGCAGCAGAGAAUGAAGCAGGAAGAGGACGAGGAAUGUGUUGAUGAAAUUAUGAAGAGAGAGAAUGAUGAAACUGAUGAAGAACCAAUUAAAAGUGAGUUUAUUGACCAGGGCUUAUUAACAAAGGAAGCUGAUCUAAAUGUUGAGCAGAGUGAAAUCAGUCAGGAACAAAUAAUGGAACCUGAAGAGGAAGAUAUUAUUGAAAUAAUAAGGAGAGAGAAUGAUGAACCCGGAGAAGAACCGAUUAAAAGCAAGUUCAUUGAGCAGGGCUUACUGGCCAAGGAAGCGGAUCUAAAUGUUGAGAUGGAUGAAAACAAUCAGGAACAGAGAACGAAGCAGGAAGAGGAAAGUGUCAGUGCAGUUAUGAGGAGAGACAAUGAUGAACCUGGAGAAGAACCAAUUAAAAGCAAGUUCAUUGAGCAGGGCUUACUGGCUGAGGAAGCUGAUCUAAAUGUUGAGAUGGAUGAAAACAAUCAGGAACAGAGAAGGAAACCAGAAGAGGGAGAGGAAGGUGUUGAUGAAAUCUUGAGGAGAGAGGAAGGUGUCGAUGAAAUCUUGAGGACAGAGUAUGAUGAAACUGAAGAAGAACUAAUUAAAAGUGAGUCUAUUGACCAAGGCUUACUGGCCAAGGAAGCUGAUCUAAAUGUUGAGAGGAAUGAAAACAAUCAGCAGCAGAGAAGGAAAGAGGAAGAGGAGUGUGUUGAUGAAAUUAUGAAGAAAGAGAAUGAUGAAACUGAAGAAGAACCAAUUAAAAGUGAGUUUAUUGACCAGGACAUAAUAACAAAGGAAGCUGAUCUUAAUGUUGAGAGGAGUGAAAGCAGCCAGGAGCAGAGAAAGAAACUAGAAGAGGAAGGCCUUGUUGAAAUGAUGAGGAGAGACAAUGAUGAACCUGGAGAAGAACCAAUUAAAAGCAAGUUCAUUGAGCAGGGCUUACUGGCUGAGGAAGCUGAUCUAAAUGUUGAGAUGGAUGAAAACAAUCAGGAACAAAGAAGGAAACCAGAAGAGGGAGAGGAAGGUGUCGAUGAAAUCUUGAGGAGAGAGUAUGAUGAAACUGAAGAAGAACCAAUUAAAAGUGAGUUUACUGACCAAGGCUUACUGGCCAAGGAAGCUGAUCUAAAUGUUGAGAGGAAUGAAAACAAUCAGCAGCAGAGAAAGAAAGAGGAAGAGGAGUGUGUUGAUGAAAUUAUGAAGAAAGAGUAUGAUGAAACUGAAGAAGAACCAAUUAAAAGUGAGUUUAUUGACCAAGGCUUACUGGCCAAGGAAGCUGAUCUAAAUGUUGAGAGGAAUGAAAACAGUCAGCAGCAGAGUAACAAAUCCAAAGAAGAAGAGGGAGGUGCUGAUGAAAUCUCGAGGAGAGAGUAUGAGAGAGAAACUGAAGAAAAACCAAUUAAAGGCAGGUUCACUGACCAAGGCUUAGACCCUGAAGAACAGGCAAGUGUGUGUGGUAUGGGAGAUACAGCAGUGGUCAGUCAGGGAACAACUGAGCAUGAAAAUGAAGCAAGUAAAUCACGAAUGGUGGAUGAGGGUUUGUUUAUUCAGCUGGCCUCAACAUGGGAAGGGAGGGUCCCUUUAAACGACGGCCUCAAGCUGGAAAAUGCCUUACUGUUGCAAGAAAAGGAAGUGAUUGAAGUCAGCAUUGAGGAAACAAAGCAAGAGACUGUGGGAAAAUUGAAGGAUGGAUAUCAGGAAGAGUUCUCAGUGUGUGAGCAGUUCACAGGCACUGACAUUGUUGAAGAACAGAAAGUCUGUGACACAGAAAUGAAAGAAACUUUGAAACAAACUGAAGUUAUUGAUAGAAGUGUGGAUACUGAAUGCCAACUUUUGGAGACAGCAGAUAUAGAAAAUGCAGAAAUAUACAAAAAAGUGUCUGAGCCCAGCAGAAUGUCUGAAGAUGAGGACAAUAAUUUGGCUGUUACAAUGAAAAUGCAGCAGUUAGAGCAAAGUAACAAAGAACAAAAAGCCAUAUCAGAGGUGGCCCUGAAUGUAGAUCUCAGACAGUUAGAUGAUACAGCUCAUGAUCACAAUGUACCACAACGGCCAGCUGUAGUGACUAAACAAGACUUUGAGGGUUUCAUUACACGACCAGAAACAAGGACAGGAAACAAGAUGGAAACUGUUGAAACCACAUCAAAAUUCAGAGCAGAAGUUGCUGCAGUAGAUGUGAAGAAAUCAGCUGAGGGAGAGAGUAGCUUUCAUGAGCAGCCCAUAGAUAGAGAAGAGGUGGCUGUACAGGAAAUAAUGAGCCAGUGCUUGCUUGAACAAGGGUCUUUGCUAGAAGAAUCAGCUGAAUCAAGAAUAAAUGAAUUGAGCUUACUGGAAGCACCAUUUAGUCAGUCAAUAAAGUCAGUUCCUAUCGAGCAAUUAGAUGACAGUGCAGUUGAGUCUGUUGAUGAAAUGCAAAGUUCUUCACUGCAGGAACUGGAUGAGUGCUCCAGUAAAGCUGAACUAAAAGUGGAAGCAAAGUCCAGCUCUCCUGAACAGACAGCCGAAUGUGAGAUUUCUUUUGUAGAGAACACUUGUGAUAAGUCAAUUCUCGAUGAGACCCCAUUAGCGGAUCAGAUAAAUCAGGAUGAGUGCACACUGCAAGAUUCAACUGCUGAAGCUUCAUCACAUAAACUUCAGAUUGGACUCUCAGAGGCUUUGUACUUGCCAGAGAGGGAAUCAGAACAGGAAGCACUGGAGAUGCAGAGAGAUUCACAGAAAGAUACAGAGGAACAAGAGAGGACUGGUGAGGCAGAGACUGGAUUAUUAGAUGAAAUAAAGGAUGCUGCAUCCUGUUUGGGAGUUGUGGAGGAAAUAGCAAAGGAAAGAGAGGAUAGUGAGUGGGAAUUAUUGAGAGAAAUGGAGGCUCCUGAAAGAAAAGAGCAUAAAAGUGAACUUGAAAGCCAUGAGGAAAUGUCAGAGAGCAGCAUGAAUGUGGAAUUACUGAAUGACACAUGGGAAUGUAAAAAAGAACUGGUAGCAGAAAUGACAGAUAUUGAAACCAUGGUAGUUUCAACAGGUGGGGAGAUGGAGUCAAUGAAAAAAAUGGAAGAACCUAUCACAGAGGAAGAAAAGGAUAAGUGUCAGCUAGUCUUUUCUGAAUCGGAAGCAUCAAAGGAAAUUAGCAAAGAGCAUGAAGAAAAAUUUGAACAUGGAGAAUCAGUAGUAGACAGUAAGGAGGACGUAGAGGAAAGAGGCAGACCUGGACUGAAGAGAGGGUUCGAAAAAAUGGCAGGAGACAAUGACGAGGAUAAACCAGGAGUAUUAACAGAUCUUUUACUUCCAUCACAGGCUUCAUCCUUGGACUUUACAGUCCAGAAGUCGAAGAUCGCUGUUAAAAACCCUCUCGUUCGACCCCCUAAAGACCCUCGUACGCUUAUAAACAUGGCUUCUGUAGAACCCUUGACUCCUCCUCAACCUUCACAGCCCGGCUUUCUAAAAAAGAGUCAUAUACAAGGUCCAUCGGUACCAAGCAAAGGUGUGAUUGGAUUCAAACUCCCUGGUCUGGGUGCAGGUUUCCCUGCACUGAGAAAAACCGAAGCUGGAAGAAAAAUAAGAGAUGGGGAAGAUUCAGAGAGUGUAACAUCACAGGUACAGAAAUCUGACUCAGGCUCACAGUCAACAGAUGAUAAUGUCAAGCAAGAGACAUCGCCUCCCAAACCAAAAUGGACACCACCAAGACAACCUGGGAUGGGCAGCCCCCUGAUGAUGGCAGAGCUGAAGAGCAAACUCAAAAAACCUGCAAAAGAGUAAAAGAAAUUUACCAAAAGAUGAAUUAUUUUUAUUUUCACAUCUGUGCAAUGUAAAUAAAUUAGUGUUUAAAUGAUAUAUAAUGUGUGUUUAUAAUUAAAAAUAUUUGUUGAAAAUGA